UCGUCUUGAUGUCUUCACGAAAGCGUAAAAAGUACUCGAAGAAGGAUGAGGACAUACAGCGGGCUUUCUUUCCGGAUGCCGAUGACAGUCAUAGUCUCCACCAGAAUGUGGGGAGAGAAACUUCACUCCUUUCAUCCAGCAGAAGUUGGGCGAAGUGUGGAGACAGCUUUUUGGGCACUACGGUGAUAAAGAGCCUCCAGCCCUCAAGAAGAAAGCUGUCAGCUGUUAGAAGAUUGGCUCAGACACCUGCUUUAGUGCAGAGCAGUUCUUCUCAAUGUGUCGAGUACCCUGUUCAUAUUGCGUGGAGCUCCAGUGACACUGAACAUUCUGAUGAUGAGAAUCAGGAGAAGAAAAAGUCUGUCGUUCCACAGCAGCAGCGGUGGCCUCAGCGACCAGAGAAACCCACCGCUCCCAUUCAGUCUUACAUCAGAGCUCUGAGCAUGCUCACUGCUGAUAAAGAAGACGUGCCUGUUAUAGACACAGACAGUGAUCUGCAUGAGUCUGAGGAAGAUGCUGAAACGGACUCUGGGCAAAAAAUCUCAGACUGUGAGUCAAACUCUGCUGAUGAAAGAACAAAAGACUUCCCUGUUGAAUCGGCAAACGAUAAAGAGCUUGAGAUCACAGGUUAUGCAUCUGAUGGAGAGGACGUUGGCAGCACGUUCAUGUCAAGCAAACUGGACUCUGAGAGCUUUCCUCUCCAAAGUGGAGAGGGCAGCAAAUCAUCAGUCAGCAACUGGCUGAAAUCUGCUCAGGCGAUGCUGCAAACGCCCCAAAAAACAGCUGAGAGACAGUCCAAGACCCCAGAUGACUCUGCCAAAAAGAAAAGAAAGUUUAAAAGUGGAGGUCUGGCAGAGAGGCUGAAUCGGCUUCAGUGCAGACAAAGGUCGGCUAUCAGUUUCUGGAGGCACAAGUCCAUCUCUGACACCUCGGCAGCAACAACCACAACAGUGGACAGGCCCGGUGUGCUGGUGCUCGAGCUGCUGGAUGUCCACGAGGAGUGCAGCAUGCAACUGGCGCGCUGCAAGCGCCAGCAUCCCCCCGGAGAAGGCGACCAGCAGGAUAAAUCUGUCCCGGAGGAAAGAAUGUUGGUGUUGUUCAACAAAGAGACUGCCGCUCAGCUGAGCCCUGCACCCAGAGACAUCAUCCACAUUAUCCCACCGUGGCAAAGUCUGUCUGUAGAAGGCUUCAGCUGUUCUGUUAUCCUGAACACACACUUCAGCCAUAAAGUCUACUCUGCGUCAAAACCAGCCAACAGUUCCUUACUAAGAGUCUGGGUCUCUGCCGAAAAGCAAGCACCAUAUUAUUUGGGUCAGAUAUUCAGACUUUUGGAUGAACGUAGGACCAAAGAUGAAAACAGUGUCAAGCAGAUCACAGCCUCUGAUGCUCUGUGCAGUGUCAAUGGUUCUGGAGUUAUGAGACACUGCAUCUCUCUCCUGGAAGCUAUCGAAGGACUUGGCCAAGCCGGUUCUGUGGAGCAGGAUGUGGCCGUGGUUAUCCAGAGAGUUUACUCCAUCCCUUUGGCUGACUCCUCUCCUGUGUCCAUUCUCAAACACCGAGUCUCCGUCCGCUCCUCCAUGGCUCCUCCUCCUGCAGAGAGAGGCAAAACCAGGUUGUGCAUUCUUGUUCAGGACAGCUGUGGGAUCUUCAGCGUGGUCCAGCUCCAGCCCCUGAUCUGCAGGGACAAGCUCCACUGGUUCUGCCAGAUGUGGCAGGGGAGGACCUGUGUGUUGAAAGGCAUUAAAGUGGUGCAGCGGGUCACUCGAGAAAGACACUCCAGGCUUUUCAGCUUGAUAGACAGCCUCUGGCCCCCAGCACUGCCUCCAAAAGAUCAUGGAAAUUCACUCAGUAUCCCUAAAGAAAGCAGAUCUCCUGCUCAGGCUCCAAGUUUCUGCUACCUGCUGUCGGGUCAGCAGAGUUCAGUUGAACCCACCGAGGGGCAGAUUACGUCCCCGCUCUACCUUCCCCCCACAAACCAAAGCCUACGAGACGUACUGCAGAGCGAGGAGAAAACCUGCCGCAUCAGUUUUGUAGCCACGGUUUUAUACAAGAGAAUGCAGCUUCAGAGUCCUGAUGUAGGCCAGGGGGAGGUGUGGUUGGUGCUCACAGACCCCAGUCUUCAGGAGGAGCGGCCCGAGAGGCCGCGCGGGCAAACAGUGGCUCUGUGUGUGAACACUUCCUGUGUGCUCACUUCCUCCGUCCUCAAAGCACUGAAUUCACCUGCUGCCUGUCAGCUCUCGUUCAGAGACGCCAUCAGAGAAAAUGGCGUUCUCCUCUGUGUGGAGCAGUCUGUUAUUGAGGUGUGCUCAGUCGAGAGCGGUAUCGAGACCGCAACAGGGCGAAACUCGCUCUCUCAGUCUCUGCCUGAGCCCCAGGUGAAGACCCUGCCCCAGCCCUUGAGACUGGAUUCUCUGAGUCUGGAGACCACGCCCAACUCCCUCUGCACUCUCACAGGUGUGAUAGUUGGUGUGGAUGAGAAUACAGCGUACUCUUGGCCUGCCUGCAAUCUCUGUGGAAGUGACAACUUGGGCUUGUCAGAAGAAAGACCUCAGAAGUUCCACUGCGUUUCCUGUAAAUCGGUGUUGGACAAACCAGACACAAAGGUUCAGCUGGAGGUGUUCCUGACCUCGUCCACAUUGAACAACUGCACCUUGAAGGUUAAGCUUCAGCAAAAAACCAUCUUGUCCCUGCUGAAUGCCAGCGAGCUGGAAGUUGAUGAGCUCCAAGGUUAUGAUGUGGAGAGCGUCCUGGGAAAAGAGGUUGGUCCCAUCAUAGUGUACGUCCGGGUCGUCACCAGGAAGCCUGCCUUCUGGAUGGGCCUGGAAGAAAUCUGCCUCCAAGGCUAUGCUGAUAGCAAUCCUCAGACUUUGGCUGGCUCCAGAGCUCUGCACGCUGGGCCUUGAUCUGCUCCAGUCUAUCCUCCACUCCCCCCACCACCACCCUCCGAAGGCCUCCCUGACAGCUUGAGGCUGUGCUGCACAGAGCGGGGCUACAAGAAGACAAGGUUUGUUUGUGUUGAAU